AUGAUCCGAUUGAUCGCGGCGUCCGACUUGGAGGCGAACCCCGCCUUUGCGAGGUUGUGGGAGUAUGUCACCACGGAGUUGUUGGAUGGGGGAGACGUGUCGAGUAGGAAGGAAGAGGAGGGGAGGGAGCGGGCGUGGAGAGUUGGAAGGAGGAGGAGGAUCAGGACGGAGAAGAGGACGAGGGUGACGAGGAGGGGCGGACAGAGGAGUGUGGGCGAUGGUGGCGUGGGUGAAGAUGGAUCGGUUCGGUAUUGUGGUUCUCGAGAGGGAGAGGGAGAUGGGCAAGAAAAAGAGCUGGGUCAGGAACAAGAACUUGACAGCCAGGCUGAGGAUGACGAUGGCGAAGAUGAAGGAGACGACGACGACAACAUGGAAGAUGAUGAUGGCAGCGCAGGCAAGCAUGAGAAACACCAACAAAAACCCUUGAGCCUCGAUCAACAACUCCAUGCCCUCAGGGUCGCCAGGGUCAAGAGACGCAUCCUCCGCGACGUGCUCGAUGGUGUCGCCUGUCUUAACCUCUCCGUAGGUCAAAGCCACGGUGACGCGAGUGAAUCCCAUCUUCGAUCCCCGGGGGCAGAGCCGCCGCGCAGUCAUCAGAGGGGCGAGAAUCGCAUACCGGUUCCCGCCGCCACAGGCGUCACAACUGCGCCCUACGCAGGAGCUGGAGGACCGAAUGCCGAGAUGGCCGAUGUCACGAACCAGACGUCCAAUCUCCAGGGCCAGACGAUGACGGCGAAUUCAUCCUUGACACGCGGGAAAACAGACAAUGUGGUCACAGAUAUACCGCCGGAUCUAGGAGAACUUGUUCGUGUUAUUGCCGCGUAUCUACACCUCAUGCUUGACGGAUCGGGAUCUCCCUUCUCCUCGUCGUCAUCAGAUGAUGUUCACUCGCGCCAGAGGGGGGUGAGAGAACAACAAGGCAUGAGGAAGGAUGAUAAAGAAGAAGAAGGUCUUCUCUACGAGGAUAUCGUGCGCUUCAAGAUGAACAUCGGCACUAUCGCUGACGCGGUCUCUUCGCGCCUCGUCGAGCUCGAGUCGUCGCUUUGCGCAUUGUCGGAUAUUGCACUGGAGAAUGGGCAUGGAGAGGAAGACGAAGGGGUGGGCAGAUCUAAGAGCGCCCAGGGCCGCCUGCGUGUAUCCUGGAACCUGCGGGAAAGUGUCCAGACCCAACUAUCCCACCUCUCCGACCUCCGCGAAAAUGUCCUCCCAUCAUCACUGACAACGCUGACCGCCACUCUUCAGCAACUGCUCACUCUUCAGCGCCAGCUUCUGCAACUGCAGAUUCAGCACCUCGAAACCUCCAAGCACGGCGUCCUGUCUCGUUACACAAUGUCGAAGAUUGCUUUCCUGGACACCGUAGCACAGGCGAUGGCGUUGAAGGCGCAGGUGCUGGUGCUGGAGGCGAGGAAAGAGUUUGAGUUUUCUCCGGAAGCGGAGAGGCGGAAGGAAGUGAUCGGAAAGAAGAUGGCCGAGGUGCAAAAGGAGGAGGACGAGCUGGAUAACAGGAUCGGUUCGUUGGAAAGCGUACUGGCCGAGUACGAGGCAAUCGAUCCCGGAGCGAGCAUCAUGGGGAGACUGGGAAAGAGGUACAAAGAGAUUGAAGAGGAGAUGGAAGGGGUCAGGAAGGAUAUUGAGAUGUUGCAGAGACGGGCAGUGAAGCGUUGA